AUGGAGAUUACGACGAAGGGGCACGUGAAAUUUCAUAUAAUCUCAAGUGAGAGCGAUAGAGGGUUGGGUGGGGUGCACGCAGGAACUAUUUUGCUCGUUCCUGUACCGUUCACUGAUUAUGCUUCCGUUUAUAAGGCUUGCCAGGAUUCCCUUUUAGUACCCGAAGAGCAACAGUCUUGGAAUACACUCGGAUUUACGUUGGAGCAAUCAGACUCGAGGCAGAAAAUGGCGAAACUCCGAGCGCAAGCCUUCCUCCUUGUCCUCGUCGUUUCAAUCGUCCUCGUAGCUUCGAUGCCUUCCCCUGGCGGUCAUCACGAACACACGCACUUUGUCAUUCACGUGCCAGAAUUGAUUCACAAACACCAUCAUACGCAUGUGAAGAAGAUUCACAUAAAACACGAAGAAGAUGAUGGUGGUCACGAUCACAUAGAAGAGUGGUGA